GUGCGUAGCACCAUGCUUUCUAUGGCGCGCGUGAAGCAAGAACUUGCUCGUGUUGUACACAAACUGGAGGAGUACCGUGACUGGUAAGCUUGCUGUCCCUGGCGUUAUGGCAAAGAACAAAAAGUCUGACAUGGAGUCUGAGCGCAAGAAGAAAAAGAGCAGGAAAGAGAAAACUGAUGAAGCAGUGGAGAGGAUAGACCUUGUGGGAGCAGAGGACACUACAGCAAAGAGGAGGAGGACCAAAACUGGGCGUGGUGAUGAGGAAUGUCCGCUGUCCGUUGGUACAGCUGUUGAGUCCCAGCCUGAGCAGCUGAGGGGGAAGAAACCCAAAAAGCGCCAAGCCGAGGAGAAGCCUGACUCCGUGGAGGUGACGCAGUCUGGGAAAAAGGAGAAGAAACGAAAGAAAAUCGGACGGGAGCAGGAGGCUGAACAGGAUGGAGGAGAGGACGAGGAGGAGGAGUGGGGAGACUUAAGCCCAGAGGAGAGGAGGCAGCUGGAAAGAAAAGUGAAGAAAGAGAUGAAGAAGGAGGAGAAGAGGAGACUGAAGGCAACCGGGGUGACGCUGGAGAAGCCCGAGCCCUCUAAAGCGACUGCUGCCGAGCUGGCUCUGGACUACCUCACCUGCUGGUCUCAGAACCGCGCACAGUGGAGGUUUCAGAAGACGAGACAGACAUGGCUUCUGCAGCACAUGUACGACAGCGACAAGGUCCCGGAAGAGAGCUUCGCCAUCCUCCUGCAGUACCUGGAGGGGCUGCGCGGCAGUGCGCGGGACACCACGGUGACGCGGGCCGAGGCGCUGGUCAACGAGCGGGACGGGACAGAGAGCGGGGACAAGGAGCGGACGCGGAGGGCCAGGGAGGUCAUCCAGCUGCUGUCCUGAGCCGGAGUCCCGGGCUUCCGGACUCAGAGGAAGGGGAAGGGGAUGGGGAGGUGGGGGGGGAUUUUUAUUACAGAGUUUUUAAAUUUCAACUCUCUCACGGUAAGUCAGAGUCAUAGUCGGACGGUUUUAAACAGAAUCGUGGGCAGAUCAGUCCACUACAGAGUAACAACAGAGGACUGUUUAUGAGAAGUGCUUUUUGCUCAUUCUUUGCAUCUCGAUUCGACUGCACAUGGGGAAAUCAUCAUACACGCAUAUCGUUGCAUAUAAGGACGAUUUGUGCAUGAGACAUCGCUGUGUUCAAUUUCUCUCUCCUGCUCAAAGCAGAUACAGUAUGGUGGUAGGCUGGGGGGUUUAUAUGCCUCCAUGUGUUUGUGAAGAAAUGUUCCUGCCCUGCAGGGGCUGCUGCCUGACAGAGUCACGAAAUGAGCCAGUUUGGCACCAUCCAGACCCAUCCGGCUCCUCCGUCCGGAUUAAAGAUGUGAAACAUUAGUAAUGACUUCAACAGCCAGAGAUUAGGCUCCCUCAACCUUACUUUACUUUCCCUGGUUUGAAUUAAAAAGUGUUUAAUGCCUUGCCAAAUGACAGAAGAGACUGCGCUUUCUGUCUGGUCUCCAUUGUCAAAAGAUGCAAAUGCAACCAAACUCGACAUCUGUUCCCUAAGCUAGAGGCUUCUUCAUGUUUUAAGAAUCACGUGUAAGAACAAUCCCCUAAGUAAAGGAGUACGCCUUCUCGUUUUUCAUUAAGAUUGGCAGGCCUGAACAAUGUUCAGUGAAUUUUGAAAACAGGAGUCUUUGCAUGUCCUUUUUGUUUCAAAGGGGGGUUCUGUUACAAAGUUUAAAGCAAGCUUUGAAAAACGAUACAUUUAUUAUAUAGAAAAUGGGAAAAAAAACAACUGGAAUUUGAAACCUCUCAUUGUCUCUUCUGUUUUGUGUUUUGGAUACAAACAGUCACCUUCCGUAGGGUACUUUUUCUUUUAAGGGUGUUCUGAGCAGAUUUUCACCAUACUUCCAAUAUUAAUAAGAUAUGCGCUAUCAAGGAAGAUUAUACAUUCUUGUGUGCAUUUUCACCCUGUGAAUUGUGUUUUGGAACAAAUGAUCAACAUUCAAAUACAGUUUGAGUCAGACUCAGAGGCUGGAGACUCAGGUCAGGGACAAAUCCUUUGUAAGAGUUUUGAAUUAUUCUAAAACAACAUAUCCAUAUUGUGGGAAAACACAGGAAUAGAAUAAAAGUUUUUAACCUGAUAUUGUGAAGACAUCAACUGUAAGAUAUCUUGGGGAAAAAAUAAAAAAAAAUGAUUGUCACCAAGUUCUUUUUCAGAUCAUCAAAUUCUUUCAUGAUUAUCUUGAGAGCUUCUCAUAAGGCUCAAUGAUGAUGGUGUAUUUAAACCUGAGAAAUCCAAAUGGUUUCUUAUUGCAGUCCAGUGAGUGCGGCACCCAGUUUUGUAGCACUGUAGAGGAGCAGAGCUUUAAAGAGGGAGAGACAGAUGACCUUGCA